AUGGCCUAUGAUGCAAGGUUUAAUGAUGAUGGUGCAAGGUUUAAUGGUGAUGGUGCAAGGUUUAAUGGUGAUGGUGCAAGGUUUAAUGAUGAUGGUGCAAGGUUUAAUGAUGAUGUUGCAAGGUUUAAUGGUGAUGGUGCAAGGUUUAAUGGUGAUGGUGCAAGGUUUAAUGGUGAUGGUGCAAGGUUUAAUGGUGAUGGUGCAAGGUUUAAUGAUGAUGGUGCAAGGUUUAAUGGUGAUGGUGCAAGGUUUAAUGGUGAUGGUGCAAGGUUUUAUGGUGAUGGUGCAAGGUUUAAUGAUGGUGGUGCAAGGUUUAAUGGUGAUGGUUCAAGGUUUAAUGAUGAUGGUGCAAGGUUUUAUGGUGAUUAUGCAAGGUUUAAAGGUGAUGGUGCAAGGUUUAAUGGUGAUGGUGCAAGGUUUUACAGUGAUGGUGCAAGGUUUUACAGUGAUGGUGCAAGGUUUUACAGUGAUGGUGCAAGGUUUUACAGUGAUGGUGCAAGGUUUUACAGUGAUGGUGCAAGAUGUGGAAGCAUGAAGUAA